AUGUCUUUGAUGAAGGGAAAUGGACCCGUUGAAUUGGAAGUCAACCAAGUUCAUUUGCUUGGAAAUUAUCCACAAAUUUUCGAUACCCAUGGAUCUAAGCCCAUUUUGAGUGAUUUUGCACGGGUUUUCAAGCACGGAGGUCGACUAACAACGACUUGCUUCUCUUUGUCUUUUUGCUCUCUUUCUCAUCCUUCCUCUUUGGAUGAAAGUUCAUUCUUCAGUGUGGCUUCUUUCACGUUCUAUUAUUGUCUACUUAAAACGCUUCUCCGUUUAUAUGCUUCUGCAUCUUCUCGCUGUGAUGGAACGACUACAGGAGUUGGACGAAGCCGCAAAAGGAAAUGGAUGCAGACAGCUGCUCUACGAAAAGUUCUCGAUUCACAAACUGUUGAAUUCCGUUGGAAGCGAAAUAUGUCUGCUCGUUCCAACAAUAUCAACAUACGACAUCACUCGAGCCAACAUGAUACUAUUCCUGCCAUUUCCCGCCGCCAACAACAGAACAACCUUGGCGUCCGUCGUUUUGGUGCUGACGAGAACGAAGAACGGCAAGUGCGCCUGAUGAUAGAUCUAAGCCUGAAAGAAAUAUUCUUUGCCGGUUAUCGCUCGCAUAUCUAA